AUGUGGGGGAGGCUCUGGCCCCUCCUCCUGAGUAUCCUCACAGCAACUGCAGUCCCCGGACCCUCACCUCGAAGACCAUCCAGAGAACUAGAUGCCACCCCGCGGAUAACUAUCCCCUACGAAGAGCUCUCUGGGACCCGGCACUUCAAGGGCCCAGCCCAGAACUACUCAACACUGCUGCUGGAGGAGGCCUCAGCAAGGCUGCUGGUGGGAGCCCGGGGCGCCCUGUUCUCUCUCAAUGCCCACGACAUAGGAGAUGGGGCUCACAAAGAGAUCCACUGGGAGGCCUCCCCAGAGAUGCAAAGCAAAUGUCAUCAGAAAGGGAAAAACAAUCAGACCGAGUGCUUCAACCAUGUGCGAUUCCUACAGCGGCUCAAUGCCACCCACCUCUACGCAUGUGGGACGCAUGCCUUCCAGCCCCUCUGUGUAGCCAUUGAUGCUGAUGCCUUCACCUUACCAACCAGCUUCGAGGAGGGGAAGGAGAAGUGUCCUUAUGACCCAGCCCGUGGCUUCACAGGCCUCAUCAUCGAUGGAGGCCUCUACACAGCCACACGGUAUGAAUUCCGGAGCAUUCCUGACAUCCGCAGGAGCCGCCACCCGCACUCCCUGAGGACUGAGGAGGCACCCAUGCACUGGCUCAAUGAUGCCGAGUUUGUGUUCUCUGUCCUGGUGCGAGAGAGCAAGGCUAGCGCGGUGGGUGAUGAUGACAAGGUUUACUACUUCUUCACGGAGCGUGCAGCUGAGGAGGGCUCUGGCAGCUUUGCUCAGAGCCGCAGCAGCCACCGUGUGGCCCGUGUGGCCCGUGUGUGCAAGGGAGAUCUCGGAGGGAGGAAGAUACUGCAGAAGAAGUGGACCUCCUUCUUAAAGGCGCGUCUCAUCUGCCACAUUCCACAGUAUGAGACACUACGUGGUGUCUGCAGCCUGGACGCUGACACCUCCGCCCGCACACACUUCUAUGCAGCCUUCACGCUGACCACACAGUGGAAGACCCUGGAGGCCUCAGCCAUCUGCCGCUAUGACCUGAAUGAGGUGCAAGCUGUUUUUGCAGGCCCCUACAUGGAAUACCAGGAUGGUGUCCGGCGCUGGGGCCGCUACGAGGGUGGGGUGCCAGAGCCCCGGCCUGGCUCCUGCAUCACAGAUUCAUUGCGCAGCCAAGGCUACAACUCAUCCCAGGACUUGCCGUCACUGGUCCUGGACUUUGUGAAGUUGCACCCACUGAUGGCUCGGCCCGUGGUGCCCACACGUGGACGGCCCUUGCUGCUCAAGCGCAGUGUACGCUACACACACCUCACAGGGACACCUGUCACUACGCCUGCUGGACCCACCUAUGACCUGCUCUUUCUGGGCACAGCUGAUGGCUGGAUCCACAAGGCCGUGGUCCUUGGCUCUGGGAUGCACAUUAUCGAAGAGACACAAGUGUUCAAGGAGCCCCAAUCUGUGGAGAAUCUGGUCAUCUCUCUGAUGCAGCAUAGCCUCUAUGUAGGGGCCCCUAGUGGAGUGAUCCAGUUACCAUUGUUCAGCUGCUCCCGCUAUCGCUCCUGCUAUGACUGCAUCCUGGCCCGGGACCCUUACUGCGGCUGGGACUCCAGCACCCAUGCCUGCAUGGAGGCCACCACCAUAGCUAACAGGACAGCACUGAUACAGGACAUAGAGAGAGGAAACCGAGGUUGUGAGGGCAACAGGGACACAAGGCCACCACCACUAACAAAGACCCGCUCUGUGCUUCGGGGUGAUGAUGUCCUCCUGCCUUGUGACCAGCCAUCCAACCUGGCCCGGGCCUUGUGGCUGCUCAAUGGGAGCACUGGCCUGAGCGAUGGACAGGGUGGCUACCGUGUAGGUGUGGAUGGGCUGCUGGUGACAGACACACAACCUGAGCAUAGUGGCAACUAUGGCUGCUACGCUGAGGAGAAUGGUCUCCGCACCCUGCUGACCUCCUACAGCCUCACAGUGCGACCAGCUACUCCUGCCCCAGCUCCACAAGCCCCUGCCAUGCCUGGGGCACAACUGGCACCUGAUGUGAGGCUGCUCUAUGUGUUAGCCAUUGCUGCACUUGGUGGCCUCUGCCUCAUCCUGGCUUCAUCCCUCCUCUAUGUGGCCUGUCUUCGGGGAGGCAGACAAAGGCACCGACGGAAAUACUCACUGGGUCGGGCUGGCAGGGCCGGGGGCUCUGCUGUGCAGCUGCAGACAAUCUCAGGCCAGUGUCCUGGGGAGGAAGAUGAGGGUGACGAUGGGGAAGGGGUUGGGGGCCUGGAGAGUGGCUGUCUCCAGAUCAUUCCAGGGGAAGGAGCCCCAGCCCCACCUCCUCCACCACCCCCACCGCCACCGGCUGAGCUGACCAAUGGGCUGGUAGCACUGCCCAGCCGGCUGCGCAGAAUGAAUGGCAACAGCUAUGUGCUCCUGAGGCAGAGCAACAAUGGAGUGCCCGCAGGGCCCUGCUCCUUCGCGGAGGAGCUCAGCCGCAUCCUGGAGAAGAGGAAGCACACGCAGCUCGUGGAGCAUCUGGAUGAGAGCUCUGUCUGAGCCCAGCCUCCCAGGACAAAUGCUCUUCCAAGCCAGCCUAUCUGUCCCAGGCUGGGCCGCUGCCUCCCAACACAGCCACCCUACCUUGACCCUCCAACUCCAGGCCCUUCCAACAUUUGAUGUCCCUAUAGGGCUGGCCAGAGUCAGGUCCAGCCAAAGUCCCCUCCUCAGUCUCCACAGACCCAUCUGUGAGCAGCCCAGGCCAACCGGUUCUCAUCAGAGGCAGGGCUUGCAGGUCCAGAUGGCCUCAAUGUCACCAUCCUCUGCAUCGCUCCAUGUGCUG